AUGUCCUCCCGCGCUCUGGAGCCGCACGACGCCCUUGAUCUGGAUCCAAGCAUCAAGCGGCAGAUCUUCUCCGAGAUCACCUACGAAAACCUGGACACGAACGCUUCGGAGGCCUCACUGAGGGGACGGCACCGCCAUACUCGCAGCCCGGACUCCUCCCUCUCGUCGUCCACCAGGUCGGCCUACGGAGGAUGGUCCCGUUUCUCCGUGGCGCAUGGCGACGCCGACGCCACGAUCCGCUCGGCCGCCGGCAACAGCAUCUUCACCGGCCGCCUCUCAUUCAAGCGCAGCCUCCAGUGGAAAGCGACAGCUUCUAUCGACAGGAAGCUCCGGGACCGUAGGCUCUCCUUGUGGCAGUACGGGUCACUAGAAGCAGACGCCGAAGACAUGACCGUCUUCCGGUCGCCCAAAUCCCGUGUCCGCCAGCUCGUCUGCUUCGCCAUGGCCAUCCUAUCCGCCGUUCUGGCCCUGAUCGUGCUCGUGGUCUGUCUGCGGGUACGGUACAGAAACGCAGAUCCUCUGGACGCCACAGUGAAGGUUCCGGCGCUGAUGUGUGACGACUACGAGUUCUGCAGAGACGAGUCUGGAGCUGCGCUGAGACUCCUCAACAAGUCGGUCAACCCCUGCAGCGACUUCCACGAGUUCGUGUGUAGCAGAUGGUCGCGGUCACACGGGGACUACAGAGCGCAGGACGAAGAGAAAACUGGCACGGUCAUGAAGACUCUGCUGAGCCGGGCACUCUCCGAGAUGGCUGAGAAGACGCCGUCAGUGAACGGAUCCUUGUACGAGUUUGAUCUGGCCAACGACGUCUUCUUUGAAGAAUGCAUGAAGACUGACUCUCGGGAACGGAGAAGCCUGGGUGUGGCCCGAAAGCUACUUGCAGAGUACGGGCUGGGCGGUUGGCCAUACACAUCUUCGCACUCGCACCACGCAGAUCUGACCUUUAGCAAUGUGCUGCAGACUGCGAGCCGACUCGCUCUUAACCUGGGCUUGGCGGCAUUUGCAAGAGUCUGGGUGUUUGGGACGCAAAAGGACAGUACACUAGAAAUUGAUGACCCCAUACUGCUUCUGCAAAAGGAUGACCUCUCAGGCACCGACACAAAGGCAAGAUCGUUAAUGGUGCACCGCCAACUUAUAGCAGAAUCGUUCUUUUACUUCGCGCACACGUCCAAAGACAUCUAUAAAGUGCAAGAGCAGAUCCAACUUGUUUCUUUGAUACUUGCUCAAGCCUCCAGACGAUCUUCGGAGCGGAGUUUCUGCACCUUUGCUUACGAAACGACAACCUUGGGGGAACUUAGCGUUCUUGAACUGUACAUUAGAAGGCUGCUUCCCAACAAAUCUAACGUCUCCGACAACGCGACCGUUGUUAUGAGGAAUCCACUUGUAGCCCGAACCCUGGAUUUCGUCUUCCGCUAUCUUCGACCGGAACACCUUCUCAACUAUCUGGGCUUUCGUCUGCUAGUGCACUUGUCGCCCUUCAUCUUCGAGGUGCCAAACAACAUUGUGAAGGCACGAAUGAGUCAGCUGACUGGGGUGGACAAGUUGAUCUGGCUCAAGGCCGAGGUAUGUCUCAGGUUGUCCGAGGAGGCCCUGCCUGCAUUCUUUCUCUACGAUUUUUACGCGACAAGACCGGCGAGCUACUGGCACCAGCUCGACAACAUGCUGACCGUGAUCAAGAGGGCCGUCCUUACGCGAGCCGUGGUCCCUUGGAAGUUCUCCAACGAAGAUAAGAAGAGGCUUCUUCGCAUCCUGAUGUACAUGGACUUCAAGACAUUCCUUCCACGGUGGCUUCUUAACGACACGCUUUUACAAACCUACAACCGGAGACUGCUUCCGAAUCGCAAGGCCGACGUCUUCCAGAUGUACGGCCACAUAUGGCGCCGAAGAACUCACGCCAUCUUGUCUCCCAGACAUGUGGACAGGCUGCUUGCAGAUCCAAAGUGGCGCGGUUCGGUUUUCGACGCGAUGCCCGUCUACUCUUUUCCGGAAAACACUCUGUACGUUCCCAUGGCGAUCUUCAACACAUCGUUACCGGCGACGCAGGACGCCUUCUAUCUUCACGCGGUGGAAGCAACCUGGAAGCUGGCAUACGCCCUCGCCCCCAUUUUUGAGCUGAGCAACUACUGGGACAACACGACGCUGCACAGCUACCGUAACUACGAGGUGUGUGCGCGUACCCGGUACGAGCCCUACUUGACACCUGGCAUCGAGGACAGUGCGCUGCACCUUGCCUACGCUGAUGAGAUCUCGGUGUUCUGGGCCGAGCGGCUCGUGAAUGUGCUUAGGAGUGUUGCCGCUGCAAGUCCUUUGGCCGACUUCGACAGGGAACAGUUCUUUUAUAUCUACACUGCCCUGAGCAAGUGCCGCAGUCACGGCGUUUUGCUGCAACCUCAAUCGACGGUGACGAGCAAGCAUCGGGUUAAUAUACCGUACAUGUAUUCUGCCAAAUUUAGAAAAGCCUGGUCGUGCAGGGCACACUUUCGUUGUAAGUAA